AUGGCUUUUGAUCGCUACGUAGCCAUCUGCAAUCCUCUGAGAUAUUCCACCAUCCUGACAAACUCUGUUGUGGCCAAGAUAGGCCUGGCUGUGCUGCUGCGCAGUGGCAUUGUCACAUUACCCUAUCCCUUAUUAGCGAGGCGGUGGCCGUAUUGUAGAACCAACAUCAUCCCCCACUUCUAUUGUGGGCAUAUAGCUGUGGUGAACCUGGCCUGCGCUGACAUCCGCAUCAGUAGUUACUAUGGCCUGUUUAAUCUUUUUUGUGUGAUCGGAAUGGAUGUGUUUUUUAUUGCCAUGUCCUAUACUCUGAUCCUCAGGGCCAUCUUCCGCCUCCCCACGAAGGAUGCCCGGCUGAAAACUUUUGGGACCUGCAUCUCUCAUCUUUGUGCCAUCUUACUUUUGUACAUCCCAGAUUUCUUCUCGUCUCUCACGCAGCGAUUUGGCCAGAAUGUGCCACUGCAUUUGCGCGUUCUCACUGCCAGUAUGUUCCUGCUGGUGCCCCCCAUGCUACAUCCCAUCAUUUACGGGGUGAGGACCAAACAGAUCCGGGGCAGGCUACUCCAGCUCUUUACUCAUAAAGAGACCUAA